GUCAUUCAAAAUGAACAAUUUUCCAUUAUUGCUGGCAGUAUUUCUAGCUUUGCGGCACUAUUUCAUCAACUCCGUAGUCAAUGGAUUGAUGCAGGAAAUAUCAAUCGAUUCAUUCGAACCUGAACCGGGCUUUGACACUAGUUAUAUCACAGUGGGUUCCGUCCGGGUGAGCCGAAAGAGCCGAAACAGAUUUGCAAUUUCCGGUGAGUUCGAGUUGUACCAGAAUUUGGGUAACGAAAAUGAGGUGAUGUACAGUGUCAGAGGCAACAGUGGAAAAGGAGCAAUAAUCGUCGCCGGAAAAUCAACAUUUUGCAAGUUUUUGAAUAUGAAGCACCCAAUUGCGGAUGCCUUUCGUAGCGCAUCCAAUCUGCCUCCGGUCGGAACAUGUCCGCUAGAGAGGGCUAAAUAUACGAUCAAGAACUUCGAGAUAAAGGAACAUGAUCUGCCACCGACAAUGAUGAGCGAUCAGUACGUGUUUGUAGGAAGGAUGACGAAUAAUGAAGGGAAACAGAUUAUCGCAUACCAAGUGAAGUUUUCGGUUAAAUAAUAUUUUGUGGACUGGGACACAAAUAGAUCAAUUUUUGUAUUCCUCAGUUUGUACAUUCAUCGAUCCGAAUUUCGAAACAAA